AUGAUCUUCCGACUUGUCCACAGCAGUUAUGUAUUGGUGUUCAUAACUUUGUUCGUGGGAAAAGCCCUUGGAACUGAUUCUAAUAUAUUCAACUCUUCGUUCACUCCAGAUCAUAUUGAGUAUCUCAAGAACGAGGCUCACGAUCUCUUUCUGCAUGCCUGGAGCUCGUAUAUGAAAUAUGGGUUUCCUGCUGAUGAAGUACGGCCAAUUACCUGUGAGCCGUAUGGUCCUGACUAUGAAGACAACACCAAUACUGCGAGAAACGACGCUUUGGGUAACACUUCUCUGACAGUAUUAGACAAUUUGGACACUCUUAUAAUUAUGGAAGAGUGGGACCAAUUGGAGCAGAUGCUCGAGUACCUCUACAACAACAGAGAUAUAUUCAAUCAGGAUACAAUAGUACAAGUAUUUGAGUUUUCUAUCAGAUCUUUGGGAGGCUUGCUCUCUGCUCAUUUGCUCCUCACAGAUGUAACUAAUAGUGGAGUAGUACCGGCAAGAUACAGAAGAUUACAGGCUAUCUCUGCUGCAUAUGACGGAUUUUUAUUGGAAUUAGCCUAUGAUCUUGGAUUACGUCUAAUACCAGCCUAUAAGACGUCCACUCGUAUACCUGUGCCCAGAAUCAAUUUGGCCAAAGGAGUUCUAAAAGUGCCCACUUCUUUGCAAAGAGAUGCCUGUACUUCAGGAGCCACAACUCCCGUGAUGGAAUUCACGCUUUUGUCGAAGUUGACGGGGGAUCCUCAGUUCGAACAUUACACUCAACUUACGUUCUGGAAGUUGUGGGCUUCCAAGCUGCCGUUGAAUUUGUUGCCUAUGACCAUAGACCCUAUAGCAAAUACCUGGAAGGAUUCUUUGACGGGGAUAGGAGCUUCUAUAGACUCAUUCUACGAGUAUUCUGCCAAAGCAUCGAUUAUAUUCAACGACAACUUUAUGUGGUCUGUAUUCAAAACCUCGUACAAGGCUCUUCUUACUCAUCUGGCGCGUGGUGGAGGCUCUUUUGAGGGCUCGAUGAUUUUCAGCAACGUAGGAACAAAUGACGGUGUAUCACAGAGCAACUGGAUAGACCUGUUAGGGGCAUUCUGGACUGGUCUCCAGGUGCUUACAGGACAAUUAAAUGAUGCAAUAAAAUCCCACUUGAUGUACCUAAAGAUAUGGGACCAUUUUGAGCUGAUUCCUGAAAGAUGGGUAUAUAGCCAUUAUACCAAAGGAGAAACUUUGACUUCUGAGGACUCAAUAGUUUUGGAAUGGUAUCCAUUGAGGCCAGAGUUCAUAGAAUCUACAUACUACUUGUUCAGAGCCACUAGGGACCCAAUGUAUCUACAAAUUGGUGAGAGGGUUCUUAAUUUGCUCAAGACUAAGUUUAAGACCAAGUGUGGCUUCAAUGGGUACCAGGAUGUCAGGACAGGAGAACUCCAGAACCGAAUGGAGUCUUUCGUCAUCGGCGAGACACUCAAAUAUCUUUACUUAUUGUUUGAUUCGAAGGACGAGCUGUUGUUGCACACUAAUUUGAUGUCCAACAAGAACUGGGUGUUCUCCACUGAAGCUCACCCGUUAUGGUAUAACCAUAAGUUGACUCCCUCCUACAUGAACUCGAGCAAGGAUGCUGAUGAAGUCUACAACUUUAGAAAUCCCUUGUAUAAGAGAUUCUUGUCCAUGAUAAAGAGUGAAGAAAGGUUGAUAAACAGCAAUGAAGCAGUUUACUUCAGAAAUAUCACGUUGCCUCUGGUGCCUGACAACGGGAUUCCAAAGGUAGAUAACCUCCGAAAGAAAGACCCUUUCUUUGACAGAUUCGAGCAGUGUGAAACAAACCCAUUCAAUAAAUGUUCUGGCGACAAAACGUUUUUGAAAUCUGGCUACUACGCAUUAGAUAACUUGUUCUCGCCAGAUUUCACAUUUAAAGACUCACUUAUGAAACCAAGUUAUCUUUCCUCUACGUCGUUGGAUGGAAGUUACGUGGAAUUAACAAAACCGUUUUUUGACAAAUUCACAAUGUAUGGAAAACAAAGUGACGAUUCUCUCUUCUUGCAAUGCUCUAGACCACACGACACUGAAGUUUUUGAUCUAUUUAUGGGCAAUAUCACUGAAAUAAAUGAGAUGGAAGUUUCAGAGUUGUACUACGAUAGCAAGAAAACAGAUAAAAAGGAUUUAAUCAUUAUAGAUGGUGAUCUUUGGGUUCCAGAGUUGAAUGCAUUACGUGUAUGCAUAGAGAAGUUGAGAGCUGGUCAGGUCGAUACCAGGAAUGUUUUGAUCACACAAGAGUAUAUUCAGAACAUGAGACAGGAUGAUUACAAUGAGAAUGGUAUAUGCUUGACGUCAGACGGCAGUUCUUCAAAGGAUACGAAAGGCUUUAUUGGAAAAGACAUUGGUGUAGUUUUACGAAUUACAAAGAUCAACGGACUCCAGGUGAAACCGGGGAUGAUAAUAUGGACCCUUCCGUUUGAGCCACAUAGACCGGGACCAGGAAAGCAAUCUGUUAUCGAUGUGACUAGUGACGGAAGGGUGGUUCUUCAGGGCAACGUCGUUGAGAAUUUAAUGGUUUGGUACGAUUAG